AUGAGGACUGCCCUGGUCUUCGCCUGCCUGGUGGGGAUGGCAUGCUCCUUCUCGGUCAAGAGCUGGCUGCAGCGAGCCAAGUCAGACGACUCGGAAGAAAACGCGGUGUUCAAGAACAGGCACCGCUAUUACCUGUACAGAUACGCCUACGUGCAUCCCCCGCAGCGAUGGUACCAGGGCAGUGACUCAUCGGAGGAAGAGGGGGAUGGCUCAGAGGAGGAGGAGGAAGGGGGGGAGCCAUCCCAUGCUGGCACCGAGGCAGCUGGCCACCCUGCCGGAGCAGCCCUUGGGGACGGCCAGGGCGGGCUGGGAAGAGAUGUCACAUUCCCCCAGCAGGGCAAGGGCUGCCAAGGGCCCCUGAAGGGGGGCAGGAACAGUGCUGCUGGCAAGGGGGGUGACUCUGAAAAUGAAGACAGUGACGAGAAUGAGGAGGAGGAGGAGGAAGAAGAAGUAGCCGAGAACGAGAAUGGCAUCAAUGGCACAAGCACCAACACCACCAAGGGGGCAGAUGCACCUCAUGGCAACGGCACUGCAGCAGCUGAGGAGGGCACUGGCGCGGCUGAGGAGGAGGAAGAGGAGGAGGAGGAGGAAGAAGAAGAGGAGGAGGAGGAGGAGGAGGAGGAGGAGGAAACCGAAGCCACCACCGUCAUCAGCACCACUGGCGAAGAGGGGCUGUCCCAGGCGACCACCAUAGGAGAUGGGGGACCCACGGAUGCCACCACAGCUGGGGAGCAGUGGGAGUAUGAGGUGACAGCUGGUGGCCACGGCCGAGGGGACGAGGGCACCACCGAUGGCAGCUAUGGGGAGCAGGAUGAGUAUGCCCGUGGAGACAGCUACCGGGCCUACGAGGAUGAGUAUGGCUACUACAAGGGGCACGGCUACGACAUGUAUGGCCAGGAUUACUACUACAGCCAGUGA